AUGUCCCCCUCUAUUUCCUCUCUGUUUCGUAUUCACUUUUUGUCUCUUUACGACCCCCUCUCUCUUCCUCUCUCUCUCUCUCUUUGUUUUAUUUUCUAUGCCCCUAUAUCUAUCUAUCUAUCUAUCUAUCUAUCUAUCUAUCUAUCUAUCUAUCUAUCUCCCCCCCCCCCAGACACUCAACACAGUAUCACUGGAAAAAUCAAUAAGAGACAUGCUGUAUAUGAUGCAAGCGCACUCAGUCAGAGGAAAUACUUCCUUCACAUUGUCAUCGUUUUUGCUUUCUUCUACUUUUCAUUUUCUUGUCUUACUUUUUCUCUUCUUCCUCUUCUUCCUUUUCUUCUACUUCUCCCCCUUCCUUCUCCUGCUUCUUCUUUUUCUUCUUCUCUUUCCUUCUCUUUCUUCUUCUCAUUCCUCCUUCUUCUCUUUCCUUCUUCUUCUCUUUCUUCUCUUCUUCUUCUUCUUCUCCUCCAUUUUCUUAUUUCCUUCUUUUUCAUCUUAUUCUCCUCCUCACCCCUUCUACUCUUUCCUUCUUCUUCUUCUUCUUCUUCUUCUUCUUUUUAUUCUUCUCUUUCCUUCUUCUUCUUCCUCUUCUUCUUUUUCUUUUUAAUCUUCUCUGUUCUUCUUCUUCCUUCUCCUCCUCCUUCUCCUCCUCCAUCUUCUUAUUUCCUUCUUCUUCAUCUUAUUCUCCUCCUCCUCCCCCUUCUACUCUUUCCUUCUUCUUCUUCUUCUUCUUCUUCUUCUUCUUCUUCUUUCUCCUCCUCCAUCUUCUUAUUUCCUUCUUCUUCAUCUUAUCCUCCUCCGCCUUCUCUUUUCCUUCUUCUUCUUUCUCCUCCUCCAUCUUCUUAUUUCCUUCUUCUUCAUAUUAUCCUCCUCCGCCUUCUACUCUUUCCUUCUUCUUCUUCUUCUUCUUCUUUCUCCUCCUCCAUCUUCUUAUUUCCUUCUUCUUCAUCUUAUCCUCCUCCGCUUUCUACUCUUUUCUUCUUCUUCUUCUUCUUCAUUGAAUUUAUUUUCUUCACCUUUCUUGUUUACAACGUGUCUCCUUUUUCUUUUCAUUUUUCUUUUUUCUUUCUUAAUUUUCUUCAUGCUUUUUUUUACUUUAUUUUUUCUUCUUUUUGUUUUUUUCAUACUUCUAAAUUGUUCUCUGAUUCUUCCUUUCUUUUCUCCAUUACUUUUUCUUUUUUCGUCUUUCUUUUUUUGCAUUUAACUUCUUCAUCUUCUUUGUUUUCAAUCUGUCUGUUCUUUUUCGUUAUUUCUUUCUCCUUUUAA